AAUGCUAUGACAACAUCGGGGCUGUUGGAGUGGGAAUUUUCUUUACCAUCUGAUCAGAUCAUUUCGCACGGUUGGUACCAUGGAGCGUUGAGUCGUACGGCAGCCGAGAAUCUUCUCCAACAAGACCGCGAGUUUUUAGUCAGGGACUCAUCCUCACAACCUGACAAUUACGUCCUGAGCUGCAGGUCUAAUGGGCAGCAUCUGCAUUUUGUCAUACAGCGUAUUGUCGUCCAUCCUGAAACAGUUUACGAGAGAUACCAAUAUCAAUUUGAGGACGAAGCUUAUGACACCGUCGCUGACCUCAUCACCUCGUACGUGGGCUCAGGAAAACCUAUAUCUGCCGCUUCUGGCGCGAGAAUCCAAUACCCAGCCAAUCGCGUUGUCCCUCUUACUAAUUACAUCCCCAGCGAUGAUAUCAACACAGUAGUUUCCCCAGUCGGGGAUGGUUCCGGACCCUAUAGCCUUUAUAGCCACUUUGCCGCAAAACCAGGCCUUCAACUACGAGUGCCUUUCAAGAAACAGAGAUCCCAUUCUCUAACUCCAAUCGACAUAGGGCAGCAUGCCAACCACGGCAAGAGCGCGAGUGCUGACGGGGUAAUACAAGGGCAAGCUGGCAAACAUGUCAAAAACUUUUCUGGCGACUCAAAUUCUAGUUCGAACACAUGGGACGCCAAUUUGCCUACCAGUCCUCCUGCCAAACCUGCCAGAUACGAAGGUCCAAAAGCUGACGAUCGCAGAUUAGAACUUCAGAGACUUUACCACGUUUCGGGAUCAGAUUCUGGCAACGGAUCCGGGGAUUCCACUCAGAGCUCAGCGCAUAGUGAUCCCAAUAAGUCAAGAAUAGAGUCUGAUUACAAUUUGGUAACGCCAACAAUUAAGCAGCAAUUCGAUUAUGAACUCACGGAGGCGAAAUUACUACAAUCCGAGAAUUUGGACUACGUGGUCGACUCGAGGAUAAACCUCGACAGUUUCCAAUGCCAGAUUAUACCUACGGGUUUAACAAAACCCUUGGAGUCGGAAACUCUGCAUACUAUAAAACUUUUGUUGCGCACGUCAGGACCGCGCAUUUUGGCGAACCAUAUGACUAAGGUGGAUUUGCACUUUUUGCUGGAUGACGCAAUACAGAUUGAAGGAUUGGAUAGGACAGCCUCCGGGCUAGAAUUAUGUUUUCUUCCACAGGGAAGACCGCUUAGAUUGGACGUCAUUGAAAGGAUCGAAACAUUUAGACUUCUCAUAGCGGUGACUAUAUUAACGUGCCAAACAGACCGACAGAGAGCCGACACGAUCAAUGACUGGAUCCUCCUAGCGGUGGAGACUAAGACUGCUCUAGGAAAUCUUUAUGGGUUCUCUGCCAUUAUGUUUGGAUUGUGUAUGCCACAGGUGGAGUGCCUAGAAAACGCCUGGAACAUUCUGCGGCGCGUAUACACAGACAAUGCCUUCAUGUUUGAAGCGAAGCUGCGACCUUGCUUCAAGAGCAUGAACGAAGGCACCAAUCCUCUUCCACCGAACACUACAACUCCUUACGUGCUUCCGCCAGUAUUGUGCUUCCAUUUAUUUGACGGAGAAAGCAGCGGCCUGAUGCCUCCAGACGACACUUUCCCCAGCAGUCUCAUGAACAGUCUCGACUUCGAUUUCAACGCGACUGCCGCUCACUUGGAAGCCGCACGACACUUCCCCGACCAAGUGGAGAUGUUUAAGCGAAACGCACGAACCGUUGUUCAAGAAAUGUCUUCCUUGGGACCGACUCUAGACCCUACCUUGUUAGAACUCUUCAGGGCGGAAUUUCACAUAAAUUUUCUGUGGGGAGAGCGAGGUGCAAUGACCACUCCGAACCAAAGAUUCGCGCGACUUACUGACAUUUUGACGGCAAUGGCCAAUAAGCUGGCAAAUCAGCCUCUCGAAGUGGACGAUGCGGUAUAAGGUGCGCAGAGCAAGGAAGGACGCUCGGCGUAUGACGGAUGUUUUGUUCUGUGUUCGACUAUUCCUGGGCAUGAUAUAUAGCUCGUCUACACGAUACUAGUCUUCCCAAUA